AUGUCAAACCAGGGUGAAAAUCGGUCGUGGGGUUCGCAAUCGGGUCAGGAUGUGUCUCAACCGGGAAAUGCAAGUAACACUUCCGACAAUACGUACAUGCCAUCAGAGGAGGAAGGGUCUUGGUAUGAGUUCAUGCACGGAUACAUGCCGGAGUCAGCCAGUGACUCGGACAGUACGAACUAUUGGCGCUACCAAUGCAACCGUACUCUUCAUCUUCAGAAAGCACCGGAGCGCCGAGUGAUCACGAUCAUCACAACACGACAGUCACCAAAUGGAGUCGCAAAUGGUCGCCCACAACCUAAUCAAACGGAGAAACAACAAACUACUGGAGCAAACAACUCUCAAGGAAACCAAUCACCAGGACAGCCUAGCUCAAAUGGACAACCACCACUUGAUCCAACCCUCACUAUGUACGUGACCAUGAUGAAGACUUUGGGGACUUAUCGGUUUGAAGGAAGCUAUGAUCCGGACAAGGCCGACACAUGGAUGCAAUGUUUGGACAAGAAUUUCGCAGCGACAAGAUGUCCAACCGAGUUCAAGAAAGAUGUCGCAGUCUACUACUUGGAGAAAGAAGAUCUAGGAUGGUGGAACAGUGUAGAUAGGCAAACCAACCGCACUAUAAUCACAUGGGAAGCAUUUCAGAGAGAGUUUAGAAGGAAAUAA